CGAAUGAAGCAAAACGGCAACUUUUUGAAACCCAGUUUCAUUUCCCUGGCCCCUGGUAUUCUUAUCGGCGAUUCAAAGCCCAUAACAGUAGCGCAAAAACAGUAAUAGAUCUCUCAUUCCGAAGUUUCCGUUAAAGAGAAACCUCCGAAGUUCGACAAGCACGCGUCUCGACCUCUUGCAGCAAACCCUGCUGGUGGAAGGAAAAAGAUUUGGCGCAUCGAACGGAUUGGCUCUCUUUCCAGCUCGGUCAGGGUCAGAUUCCAUGUCUCAGACGCUUUUGGUUCUGAAUCUUCUCAGCCUGCUUUCGUUGAGCUCCGGAGCUACGUCGUUCUCUCAAGGAUCGCGCUCGAUCCUUCGGGCCAUCGACAACGAGAAAGGUGGUCCUCAUGAUUACGCCGUCGAUUUGAACGCCACGAAUUUCGAUGCGGUCCUCAGGGACACCCCUGCUACCUAUGCAGUCGUCGAGUUCUUCGCCCACUGGUGCCCUGCUUGCAGAAAUUAUAAGCCCCAAUAUGAAAAAGUUGCUAGGCUAUUUAAUGGACCUGACGCAGUGCAUCCAGGAAUCAUAUUGAUGACAAGGGUAGAUUGUGCAUCGAAGAUAAACACUAAACUUUGUGAUAAGUUCUCUAUUGGUCAAUAUCCUAUGCUAUUUUGGGGCGCUCCUUCUAAAUUUGUAUCGGGUGGUUGGGAACCUAAGCAAGAGAAAAGUGAAAUACGUGUCAUUGAUGAUGGUCGGACAGCCGACCGAUUGCUUAAUUGGAUAAACAAGCAAACAGGCAGCUCUUUUGGCUUGGAUGAUGAGAAAUUUGAAAAUGAGCAUCUUUCAUCAAAUGUGUCAGACCCUGCACAGAUUGCACGAGCUGUGUAUGAUGUUGAGGAGGCAAUGUCAACAGCCUUUGACAUCAUCUUAGAACACAAGAUGAUCAAAUCAGAAACCCGGGCUUCACUAAUACAAUUUCUUCAACUUUUGGUGGCUCAUCAUCCUUCUAUGAGGUGCCGGAAGGGAAGUGCAGAGGUACUUGUAAACUUUGAUGAAAUGUUCCCAUCAGACUUGUUGUCAAAUAGCGAGCAGGAAGAUAAUGGCGGGAAGGGCACGCGGGGGAAUUUUCAGAUAUGUGGAAAAGAUGUUCCUCGGGGAUAUUGGAUGUUCUGCCGUGGCAGCAAGAAUGAUACAAGGGGCUUCAGUUGUGGGUUGUGGGUUCUGCUGCAUUCACUAUCUGUGAGAAUUGAGGAUGGAGAAAGCCAGUUUGCGUUCACAGCUAUAUGUGAAUUUGUACACAACUUCUUCAUCUGUGAGGAAUGUCGCCAACAUUUUUAUGAAAUGUGUUCAAGCGUUGCUAGUCCUUUCAAAAAAACGCAUGAAUUUGCCCUUUGGUUGUGGAGUGCACACAAUAAAGUCAACGAAAGAUUAGUAAAAGAUGAAGCACUUCUAGGAACUGGGGAUCCUAAAUUCCCGAAGAUGAUAUGGCCUCCAAAGCAGCUUUGCCCUUCGUGUCAUCUCUCUAAUAACCAUGGAAAUAAUGGAUUUGAUUGGGACCGGGAAGAGGUGUUCAGAUUUUUGGCUAAAUAUUAUGGGAAAAUGCUUGUAUCUCUGCACGAGGAAAAGAAUAAUCAUGGGAAUGAUAGGCCUGAUGGGGCUCUUGAAGAUUUGGUGGUCUCAACGAAUGCGGUUGUGGUGCCUCUGGGGGCUGCAUUGGCGAUUGCUGUUGCUAGCUGUGCAUUUGGGGCACUUGCUUGCUACUGGCGUUCGCAGCAAAAGAGUCGGAAGUAUUUUCACCAACUACACUCUUUAAAGAACAUAUGAUAAGUAGGAGAAUAAUGGGUUCUUUAAAAAAGGUGUAAAGGAGAACAAUUAGAACAAAGAGAGAAAAAAAGAAGAGAGAGAAAGAGUUGGUUGUUGGGAGGUUUUCAAUUUUCUUAUUUUUGUUUAUUUGUCACAACAUUUCAGGCCAAGGAGAAACUGGAACUAAAAAUGUUUUGGGGACAACCCGAAAGACAAUAAAGUGCGCAGUUGGUGGGUGAAAUCAGGGUCUGAGUGUGGGAAUCCAGAUCAAAGCCUUGUACCAAAUGCCCUGCUUGAGGUCCUCUUUCGUGUCCUCUUUGAAGUUUUAUUUUUUGACAUUUAGAACAGACUGUACAGAUUUUUACCCUGAUCUUAAUUUUGGGAGAGAAUCAUCCUAGGUCUGUGCAUUUUCCCCCCCCACCCAAAGAGGAAUAUUUAUUUUUGUUAAUUGUACUGAUCUGGAAAAGAAAGUUGAAAAAAGUAAUGUUUUGAGAGAAUGUAUCAUUGUUAUCCAA